CAAGUCCAUAUGUUGCCAUAUAGUUACCAUUGGAGUACAAUGGGAAAAAUUGUCUUCUUUUUUUUCAAAUACGUUUCAUACAUUUAAACCAAAAGAGCCAAAGUGAACCAUGGAACGACCUCAUUCCGCCAUAUCGAAGACGUUCUCUUACAAAACCAAAGAGGACGUCGGUAAAAACAACCCAACCAUCAUCCCAAAGGACUCUCUGUCGAGGAGAGAUGGAUGAGGUCAAAGCCUAAAAAAAGGCCGUGCAGUCGAUGUCCGCCUCUGGUCGAGGUUAGUCGUCUCUCCUCCGCGCGCACAGCCGCUCCUCCUUCAAGGACCGACCGAAAAUGGGCCCGCUCAGGUUCACGCACGCACUCGUCUCGAGGGUGUCCGCGGCUUACAAGUCCCUCACCGGGUCGGACCUCGAAUUGGCGAAGAAACAGCACGAGGUGUACGUGAGGCUGUUACGCGACCUCGGCCUCGACGUCAUCGAACUGCCUCCGGACGACGAUUUGCCCCGCGGCGUCUUCAUCGAGGACACAGCCGUCGUCUGCAACGGCAUCGCCCUCAUGGCAAAGCCCAAAGAUCAGAACAGGAGAAAAGAGGUAGAUACAGUCCGAGUAGUCCUGAAGAAGGAACUUGAGUUACCAAUCGUCGAAAUUAAAAAUGAAUCGUCAUACCUCGAAGGCGGAGAUGUCUUAUUUACAGGUCGGGAGAUCUUCGUCGGCUUGUCUGACUUUACUAAUGAAGCCGGAGCAAGAGCGGUGGCCAACGCUUUCCCCGAGUUCCCUUGCACACCCAUAAAAAUUUCAGAGCCGAAUAAACAUUUAAAAUCGUUUGUGACAGUGGCUGGGCCGGAGGUUUUAUGUGUCAGUGCGAGCCAAGGAUCUCAGGAUGUUAUAAAGAGGAUCGAAAGGGAGGCGACGCACACUUAUCAGACAAUAACGGUUCCUGAAGAUAACGCUGCUAAUGUCAUUUACUGCAACGGGACCCUGAUACACAGAGCAGCUGCAGACACACCGUUAUCAGCUAAGGUGUUCGCGGAAAAGGUGGAUUUUCCGAGGAAGGGUAUUGUGAUGAGUGAAUUGGCCAAGCACAGCACUGGGCUGAGUUCGUGCGCGUUGCUCGUCAGAGGGAUCCGACAUAUAAGAUCACUUUAAUGAAUUCACUGCCGCUUGGAAUUCUUUCACAUCACCGAAACUAAAGUAAACACGAUUGGCCAAAUCGAUUUCGUUCACACAAAACACAAACAUUAAUUUAAACUUAUCAAUUAUUCACAAUUUUAUUUUAUUCCCACUUUCUUGUUUUUAAAUCUUUUAAAAAGGUUUUAUUUCUUGAUUUUGUACUCACAUGCCAAGCACAAGGUACUGGCAUUAAAAAAAAAAAAAAAGGUUUAUAUUAUCGUUAUUUUAGUGUGUAAGUUUUCAAUUAUUAUACUGUAAUGUGUCUUUGAAGCCAUUUCGCUGAGUGGGCAAGUCUUGUUUAAAAAAAAAAUGACAAUCUCGGUUUUCUUAUUUUAAAGAAAAUACAAUAACUCGUUUAAGACCUAGUCAAAAUAAAAGUGGUACAGUUUUAGAUUAAGACUUAAUAAUAAAGACUUGCCUGCUUUUUUAAAACUGCCAAACGUUCAUUAGUUGUUAUAGAUAUCGGCGUUUCUCGUAAGCUCAGAGCAAAACGUUUUUUAUUUUUGUACAACCUUCACAUUUUUGCUUUAAACAAACAUUCCCUAAUCACUGCAUUUAAUGCUGUUAAAAAAAAAUU